AUGACAGAUACACUAACAAGACGAUUAAUAAAAGAAUUAAUGGAAUUUCGGAAAGAUCCGGCACCUGAUCUCAAAGACUUAACACCAGAGAAGGAAGAUGAUAUAUUGGUUUGGAAAGCAAUACUAGAGGGAGAGAGGGAUACGCCAUACGAAGGUGGACAAUGGAAACUUCGAAUAAAUAUACCAAGAAACUAUCCAAUGGCUCCACCAAACAUUAAGUUUAUGACAAAAAUUUGUCAUCCGAAUAUACAUUUCAAGUCAGGAGAGAUAUGUCUAGAUGUGCUGAAAAAUGCGUGGAGCCCAGCGUGGACAUUACAAUCGGCAUGUAUAGCCAUAAGAUUACUGUUAUCGAAUCCGGAACCGAGUAGUCCGUUAAACUGUGAUGCUGAUGCGGAGACACGAUGGGCUACGAAUCUCUUGUGA